GGCAGUGUUCUCUUGCUGAGCAUCAUUCCACUCGAUAGGUUUGCGCACAGACCGCCGUUGUCGUUCAGAGUUCGAGUUUCUCCUUGGGUUUUACCUCGGCCUCCGGUCUCGACCACACGCUAUCCUCGGGAACAUGUUCUGCCUCAUGCAAAUGUGUUUAUCCUUUAUGGGAACUCUUUGCAGCUUCUACACGGCGUAAAUACCCACUUAGAUGAAGAGGCGAUCAACAACAGAUGUCUUCCACCAAGCAACGCGCCAGUCAAGCUUGUGACGCCUGCCGACAAAGACGAAUUAGAUGCCAAGUGGACAUCUCGCAUGAUGAUGAAUCUGAUCGGAUAUGUGGAAGGUGUAGACUGGCGAAUUUGCCAUGCACUUUUAACAUGCCCAUGAAGCGACGCGGCCCACCUGCCAAGAAGCGCCGAACAUCGUUCCACAGUGUCUCAAAAUCAGAUGCGGAACAACUCGAAGCGGCUGAAACAACUUCGGGAGCCAUUUCGCCAAGGUUUCCUGAUGUUGUUCCUGCACUUUUGCCAAAAGACGAUAACGAGCAGCAGUGCUAUGCGGGAUCGGCCUCGCUGAUAAGCAAGUUCUGUUCAGAACCACUGUUCAAUGCCCUGAUGCAGGACUACAUUGGACUUUUAUACCCCGUUCUUCCCGUUGUUCAUCUUCCGACCUUUGUGUCUGACCUAGGAAACUAUCGCCACAGGAUCGACCAAGACUUUGGCCGCUUUGUACUUGCACUAUGUGCCGUGACCAUCUCUGUCAGACCUGAUAGAUUUGUCGAUUUCAAGGCGAUCGAUCCUGACUUCUCCUUCUCUACAAGAUUACAGGCAAUUGAUCGUGUUCAGACCAUAAUAAAUAAGACAAAACCACCUGACUAUUAUGACCACUCCACGGUCGAGAAGUGGGCGAUACCACUCUGUCUCGGCAGAGCGUAUGCCUACCUUGGUAAUCGCAAGGCAAUCUACUAUCAUUUCAGUGAGGGCCACGCUCUCAUGCAGGAUUUGGGAUGUCAUCGAGCUAGCACUUACGCCAGGCUAAAUCAUGUCGAGGCACAGUUGAGGAAGAAGGCAUUCUGGUUAACUGCCAUCACCUACACGCAUGUGAGACCUGAAGAUCCUUGGUGGGACUCACUACGAGAUCGUCUGGUUUUCGAGGAGUAUCAGGCUUCCGAACUUUUCCCAUUGAUUCUGGACGACGAGUACAUUACCAGGGACGCCCUACUCGAACAGCCUCAUACAAGACCUUCACUUAUGGUAGGCUUCAUGGCCUUAGCUUUGAUCAACAACUGUCUGGUAUCAAUCAUGAGAGACCCGGCGGUUUCCUUAUUCAGUACAACGACGGACUGCGGCAGCGAUCGCGAUUCGCUUGGUGCUUGUACUUGCGGAAGGCAUAUAGUUCCGUCCCCUCUAGCAGGACUUCUCAGAUCGCGGCUCUCGACCUUGGAUCGCGUGGUUGCAGAUCUUCCACUCGAGUUGGGCCCACACAAACCUCUGGGACCAUCUUUGGAUCAGGCGCGAAGCUUACAGUAUGAGACCAUGCGAUUGAAUCUACACAUAACCUACCGAUGGGUGCAGAGUCUCCUCAUAGAACGUCUGAUAUCUUUAUCGGGAAUUGGAUCUGAAGACAGAGCAGACUUGUGGGAUAUGCUGCAAAACGUCUGCGCAGAGCUUCUGAUGUUUGUGAAGCAAAUGACGCAAGAGGUCCUAGUGCUUCACGGAACCUCUCUGUCCUACAAGAUUCGUCAGACCGCGGCUUCGCUGCUUGGCCAUCCUUUUCUGCCGGGCAGUGCGGCUUCAAACCGUGCUCAAGAACAGAUCAAGGCAUUCGCAGACAUUCUGGCGAGCUUGGAUGCCAUACAUGCAAAGUCUUGAAAUUAACUCUUGUUGUUCGAGACAAGAGCAUCCGAUCAGAGAUACUGAUAAUUCACAACUGUCCGACUCUGUCCGACAUCGCGUAUACUCAAGCAUUGACUCCUGUUAACAAAUGCUUAAUCAGCUCGGCCAAUUUGCUUAUACUGCAUUGCGUGACUCUGAUAUUGGUUCUGGACCCUGGGGUUUCUUGCGCUGGUCUCCAAAAUGUCCGAGC